GAGAAAUCGCUCACUCGUUGUUGAGACUCGCUUCGAAGCAGCAGCAGCAGCAGAUAUGUCUGGCCGAGGCAAAGGCGGCAAGGGGCUCGGCAAGGGUGGCGCCAAGCGUCAUCGCAAGGUCUUGCGUGACAACAUCCAGGGCAUCACCAAGCCUGCCAUCCGUCGUCUGGCGCGCCGUGGUGGUGUCAAGCGCAUCUCUGGCCUCAUCUACGAGGAAACUCGCGGUGUUCUCAAGGUGUUCCUCGAGAACGUGAUCCGCGACGCCGUCACCUACACCGAGCACGCAAAAAGGAAGACCGUGACGGCCAUGGACGUCGUGUACGCCCUCAAGCGUCAGGGCCGCACCCUGUACGGAUUCGGAGGCUAAGCAAGCAGCGUCGUCGCUCGCCUGCAAGCAAGAACCCAACAGCCCUCUUCAGGGCUACC